CACAACAUGGCGGCUACGUUCGGUUUAAACACGCACCAAAAUACAUGAGGAUUAAAUGAGGUGAUUAAUUAAAAAUGUGGGUCGCGAGACGGCUACUGACUUCCGCUGUCCUCACAGGACACUACAGACUGCUGUGUCGUCAUCCGAAUCCCCUGCCGGAGUUCUGGCCCCGCUUCCUGCAAUGCACCUACUGCUGGAGGGCUCGGAUCCCAGCCACAGACUUGAACCUUAACCUUCUGCGUCCUGAACCUGCAGAACCUCAGUGCAGACAAGGUGACCUUGUCACUGAUGCCACGCUGGACUCGCUGUACACCCCAGAGCAGCGAGGCACCAUCCUGCAGCUCCUCAACACGGGCUCUGAGUCCGAGCUUGCUGCCGUCAAAAUGCUCCGGGGACGAAAAUCAGCCAACAUCAUUGAGUACCGGAUCAGGAACGGACCCUUUAAGGAUCUGGAGAGCGUCGUAAAUGUACCGCUGUUGAAGCACAAGAGCGCCGUCGUGGCGUUUAACUCCAUCCUCUGUCCGAGAGAGAAGGAGAAGAAGAGGAAGGGGAAGAUUCAUCUCGCAAAGUUCAUCAGGCCCGAAGUGGACAAGGCGCUGUUAGAGGACGCCAGCUCCAUCGUGUCCAUUGUGUGUGGGACGAACAGGAUAGCGUGGACGCACAUGGACCGGGCGAUGACGGUGUUAGAGUGGCAGCAGGAGGACUGUCAGAGCUUCAUGAAGGGCACCUACAUGGCGUCCAGUUAUCUGGAUGAUAUUUGUAGCGUGGUGUCGAACCUGCCGACAGCGGAUUUCUACGUGGUUGAGAAGCCAAGCGUGUCGGUGCAGAACACUGCACUGUUCCCGGUCGUGGUUCACCUGCGCACGGUGGAGGCCAUGCUGUUCGCGCUGCUCAGCGCCAGGAGAGAUGCCAGGGCGCCGCCCAACGUGCUCAACAUGAUGCGCACAGCCGUGGGACGCCACUUUGGCCUGAUCGUGGGCGAGAGCCGCACAAGCGGCGCCGAGGUGGUGAGGAAGAUGAUGGAGGAGUCGGCGAUGAAGAAGAUACCACGUGUGAUAUUUCCGAACGAGCUGCUGGUGCGCUACAGCGGCGCGUUCCACUUCACCAGCAGGAACAAAGGACAGGAGAUGUGUGAUGCCCUGUUGCAGGCCGUCGCCUUCUACGAGCUGCUCUCAGCCUCACACUGA